AUGACUAAACCAAAAAAGAGGACAACAACAACGUCAUUGAAUCAGUAUCAUCUGCAUCAACAACAACUACAUCAACAGCAACAGCAAUUACAUCAACAACAACAGCAACUCUUUCAACAACAGUUAUUUCAUGCUGCUGGUCAACAACAUCAAAAUGACAAUAAUCUAGAACAACAACAACAGCAGCAGCAACAUCAAUUAAAUAGACAUAAUGUAAAUAUGCAUGCUCACACACAUGGACAUGUACAUCCUCAAUCGGCUGGUACCACCACCACAGCGACAAAGACUACACAUCGUAAUAAUAUAGCUGCUUCGUUGUCACGUUCUAUCAACGCUAUGAAACUGGUGAAGGAUUCACAACUAAAGAGUAUGGCAAUGCGAUACGACAAGCUGAGCAGCAUAACCGAUAAGAUCGAUAUGUCGAUUCCCGUGUGGGAGACAAUAGUCGAAGCUAAACAAUCUACAAUCGAUUCAUUCAUAAACUCGACAACAGCAACUCUAAUCCAAUCUACUCGUGCCGGUAAUGAUUCAUUACUCACUCUACAACAAGCAGCACAACAACAACAACAAACAACUCAUGGAGAAGUUCAACAACUUAGUAAAGCCUAUAAAAGUCGUGGUAAUGACUUGUUCCAAAAGAAACAGUACUUGGAUGCACUGCUACUCUACACCGAAGCACUGCGACUCUACAACACGGAAUCCACUAAAGAUCAGCAGGUUCUAAGCUCGAUCUACUCGAAUCGGUGUCUUUGUUUGGUGCAUCUAGAGAAGUUUGAAGAGGGUGCUAUCGAAGCAACCCGAGGAUUGGAGUGUAGAAACUCUGAUUACCUCGUACACAAGCUGCUGUAUCGUCGUGGAAUAUGCUAUUUCAGUAUGAAGCGUCACCACAAGGCGAGAGCCGACUUCCAAGAGGCACACAAACUCGUCUCAAAGAUGUCGGAUCCCUCUGAUAUCCAAUCGAUUGAGAACUACCUCGAGAAGAUCAACAAGAUGAAUCUGGGUGAUCUCAUCGACAAGGAGAUGCCAACGGAACCGCGACAUGCAUCGAUAGUCGACCAGCGUAUAGCUUUCAAGUAUGGAUCGGACAGUGUUGGUCGUCUCGGUGAAACCACCGAUCUCAUCGCAUCAAACACAAUCCUCUUCCAAGAGAAAGCAUACGUAUUCUGUCUCGAUCGUUACUCACAUUCCUCCUAUUGUCACAAUUGUUUAAAAGAGAUAUUAGCACCUAUUUAUUGUAAGAAAUGUAAUCUUGCACAAUAUUGUGGUGAUGAAUGUUUGAAAGAGGAUUAUAAUAACUUUCACGAGAAAGAGUGUGGAAAAGGAUUCUUGUUGCUUUGUUCCACAGAGAGUUUGAUGGUAAUAAGAAUAUUGGCAAAGAAAUCAAAGGAAAGAGCAUCGUCGAAAUCGAAAGAAUCAAAUGUUACCGUAGUAGAGAAUAAUAUCGAUACACAAUAUAUACCACAACCAACAGGUGUAUUCGAUCCUCCUGAACCAGAGGUUAUGUUUUCAAAUAGUAGCAACAACAAUAGUAGUAAUAGCAAUAUAGAUAGUAGUCAAUUACAUUCACCAUCGAAAUCAACACGUAUCAUAUCGAAUGAUGCUUCCGAUCUGCUGGAUAAUAUUCAGGAUGAUACCGAUGAAAUGAAUGGUGAACCGUUGCAAGCGAAAUCCAAUAUCUAUAGUCCAAACUACGAUUUGAUCUAUUCGUUCGAUCCGCACUACAAUGAACAUCCAAAUAGUAAACUUGCAUCGAUUAUCUUUGAAGCUUGUAUUCUAGAGCGUUUCUUGAAUAUCCAUCACAAAUCACUGGGAAUCAUGAUUCUUGGUCAAGAUGAGUUCUGUCAGCACGGAAUUCAGCGAUACGUCACUGUCAAGGUUGCCUAUGUAAUAUUCCCAACGGCAUCACUCUUGAAUCAUUCAUGUGAUAACAACACAUUAGUACAAUAUAAAGGAAAUUCAAUUUUAAUCAAAUCAUUAAAAGAUAUAGAAAAGAAUGAAGAAGUAUCAAUUUCCUAUGGUCCACAUAUAUAUCAUCUAGACCUAAGAGAAAGAUUGAAAGCUUUGAAAUCCGAAUACUUUUUUAUUUGUAGAUGUAAAUCUUGUAAUGAGAAAGCAGGUCCAAAUCCAUUGAGAUGUCCAACUACGAAUGGAAAAUCAUAUUUUUGUGCUGGUACUCUUUUGGAAACAGUUAAUGUUGCGAAAUUGACAAGUGAAAUCGAGGCUGAAGAAGAUGAUGACGAAGACGAUGAAGGGUUGACUUUUGAUAACUACAACAAUAGAGUAUUUGAAUGUAGUAAAUGCAAUGCUCAGUUGACCCCAACUGAAACAGGAUUACUUACAUCGAAUGCAAUCUUGACGAAUAUCAUGCUGAGCACUGCACUUCAACAGAUGACCACUGGCGAUACCAAAGAAACCGAGGGUCUGUUGGCAAAGUGUUUGGAAAUGCGAUCAACUAUCUUCCACGAGAAUAGCAAGAAAAUAGGUGAGGUCUAUGACUCGUUCGCUCGGCUGUACAUUCAGGAGGACAAUUACAAGGAUGCUGUGAAAUACGCAGAGAAAGCAGUUCAUAAUAUGUUUGUUCGUCUUGGUCACUCGCAUUCCACCGAGCUUGCGAGAGAGUGUGCGAAACUCGCCAACAUCUACAUCAAUGGAGGUGAACCAUUCAAAGCGAUCAAAGCAAUCAACACUGCCGAAGCAUUGCUAGUCAAAUGGAAAACAGAAUCGGGUGACGAUGAGAUUCUUGCACAACUGAGAAACCAUAAGAAAGUACUGGAAGCGUCCAAAGUCAUACCAGGCACCAACAAAGUGGAAAUCAAUCUAACACAACUCUGGUCACAACCAGAUUUCGAUUCCGAUACAUUCCUUCACCGAAUGAUAUUAUAUCAUAAUAAAGGAUAG